GGAAGACCCGGACUUUGGGGGUUUGCGAUUCUUACGAGGCGGGGGGCUCCUAAGAGCUAGAGCUGCCAGACUUCGGUAGAUCAAGGGGGCGCCCCCUGGAGACCAGAAUUUUCUAGUACCCCUGGGGAUCCGGCUUCAAGAUCGCUGCUACCAGUGGGCACUCAAAACGGGGUGCCCAUGGGUCCCAGGUACAAGCCCGGCCGAACGUAUCUGAAGCCCCAGGAAACACGUGGCACAAAUUCCGGGAGAAACUGUUAGCCCGGAAGAUAUGGGAACAUUAACUGGCGAGUAGUGUGAAGCCUUGUGUACGCAAACCUUCAAGAACCUUAAAACAAGAUGGGCGGCCUGGCGCGGUGGCUCACGCCUGUAAUCCCAGCACUUUGGGAGGCCGAGGCAGGUGGAUCACCUGAGGUCAGUAGUUCAAGAGCAGCCUGGCCAAUAUGGUGAAACCCCGUCUCUACUAAAAAUACAAUAAUUAGCCAGGCGAGGUGGCGCGCGCCUGUAGUCCCAGCUACUCGGGAGGCUGAGGCAGGAGAAUCGCUUGAACCCGCGAGGCGGAGGUUGCCGUGAGCCGAGAUCUCGCCACUGCACUCCAGCCUGGGCGACACAGCUAGAUUCCGUCUCAAAACAAAACAAAAACAAACAAACAAACAAAAUUGGCAACUUCAAAGAGGACGCACACUUUCCAAUAACCCAUCCCCCUCUAAAGGCUGCGCUCCAGGGUGGGUCUGCGGAGUUCCAGCCGAACCCAAACUGCCCAGCGGGAGCCAGGGCUGCUCAGGGGUCGGAACUUGAAUCUUGAGCCCCUCAGGCGCCAGAACCGUCAGGUCCCAGAGACCCAAGUUUUUUUCAUCCAGUGGGGCUGUCUUAGGAAGCACCCGGGACAUCUCCCCCGCGAGGCGGAGGCGGGGAAGGAGCCUCCCCUCCAGGGGCGGAUCCAGCUUUGCCCCGCCCACGCCUCGCUUCCUGAUUGGCUCAUGGUCCCUGACAAAGAAACGCCUACAUUAACGCUCCCGCCUUAUUAACCCUGUAGUCACUUUCUACUAACUGGCGGGGUUAAGAUGGGGUUUCUCAGGCCGGGCGCGGUGGCUCAUGCCCGUAAUCCCACCACUUUGGGAGGCCCAGGCGGGCCGAUCGCUUGAGCCUAGGAGUUCGAGAGCUAUUGGGAGUGGCAGAUCCUCCCACCCCAGCCGGAUCUGGGCCAUGGCCGAGCCUGGAGAGGGACUGCCAGAGGAGGUGCUGGCACUCAUCUUCCGCCACCUGUCCUUGAGAGACCGUGCUGCCGCCGCCAGGGUCUGCAGGGCCUGGGCCGCCGCUGCUACCUGCAGCGCCGUGUGGCACGACACAAAAAUCAGUUGCGAAUGUGAGCUGGAAGGCAUGCUGCCACCUUAUCUGUCCGCCUGCCUCGACCACGUUCACAAACUACGGCUGGAAUUUGAGCCAUCGAGGAAGCCGAGCCGCCGGGCGGCCAUCGAGCUGCUGAUGGUUCUGGCGGGCCGUGCCCUGGGGCUGCGAGGCCUGCGCCUGGAGUGCCGCGGAGAAAAACCGCUCUUCGACGCGGGCCGCGACAUCCUGGAGGCUGUGCACGCUGUAUGCGGGGCGGCCAGCCAGCUACGCCACCUCGACCUGCGGUGCUUGCCCUUCACACUGGACGACGCGCUGGUGCUGCAGGCGGCGCGCAGCUGUCCCGAGCUCCACAGCCUUUUUCUGGACAACAGUACCCUAGUGGGCAGCGUGGGUCCCGGCUCAGUGCUCAAGCUACUAGAGGCCUGCCCGCGCCUGCGCGCUCUCGGCCUGCACCUAGCCAGUUUGUCGCACGCCAUCCUCGAAGCGCUGGCGGCGCCAGACCGCGCGCCUUUCGCGCUCCUGGCUCUGCGGUGCGCGUGCCCCGAAGAUGCACGCGCGUCCCCGCUGCCCAACGAAGCCUGGGUCGCGUUGCGCCGCCGCCACCCUGGGCUGGCAGUGGAGCUGGAGCUGGAGCCCGCGCUGCCCGCUGAGAGCGUGACGCGCGUCCUGCAGCCAGCUGUCCCCGUGGCUGCGCUGCGCCUCAACCUCUCAGGCGACACCGUAGGCCCAGUGCGCUUCGCAGCGCACCACUACGCCGCAACCCUGUGCGCGCUCGAGGUGCGAGCAGCCGCUUCAGCCGAGCUGAACGCCGCGCUGGAGGAGCUGGCGGCGCGCUGCGCGGCCCUGCGCGAGGUGCAUUGCUUCUGCGUGGUGAGCCACUCGGUGCUGGACGCCUUCCGCGCGCACUGCCCGCGCCUGCGCACCUAUACCCUCAAGCUCACGCGCGAGCCGCAUCCCUGGCGGCCUACAGUCGUGGCGUGAUUGGGCGACUUCUCUCCCCUGUCCCCGCGGACGUAAGCGCUCUGAGAGGGAACCGGGGUGCCCAGGCGCGCCCCGACUGCUAGUGCCUUCUUUUGGGGUUUUUGUCCCCCGGGUCUUUACGGAGUUGGGAACUGUGAUGGCAUCGGGACCAGUCCUGGGCUCCCUGAGACCACUCGCUGCUGUCACCCUCUGCAGACGCCCCACCCGCUCGGUCCUGGACACACUGCCCCCCUCUCUUGCCUCCACCCCUCUGCGGACUCUGCAGCUCCGCAGCCCCGGCGCGGGGAGAGGGAGGGCACGGGCGCGGGCCGGGCCUCAGGGGUGAGUGUGAAAUAAACAAAUCCUGCAGUG